CCGAGCGGUGCGUUCCCAGGCGAGGCGCGCAGAGCGGAGCGGCCGGCUGCUGAGAGUGAAGUCUUUCAACUUGGGCGUGGAGACCUUGAAUAGUGGCUGAAGAAAAGCACCGACCAAGCACGCACGUUCUGAUGACCUCAGUCCUCCCCGCUCCGACGGAGGCCUGGCCCUGGGAUCAGAGCAGACACAGGAACUGAACCAUUUCCCAGACAGAAACAGUCUCCGCCAGUCAAGAAACACUGCAAAGUAUUUUGCCAUGGAUCUAGAAGAUGAAGAAAACCUGAGUUCAAGCAGCACAGAGGCUAAGGACAGCUGCAGUGUGGACCACGGGCCCCCUGGGGACAGCAGCACUCCGGGGCCAGCUGAUGGCUACCUGCUCCCCAACGGGGGUGGUGGCAUCGUCGGCAGGAAGCGGCCCCUGGACGAGGGCAGCAAUGGGCAUGCCAAGUUCCGUCUGAAGAAGAGGAGGAGGGCACCCGGGCCGGCCCUGCCCAAGAACGCUCUGAUGCAGCUGAACGAAAUCAAGCCCGGCCUGCAGUACACGCUGCUGUCCCAGACGGGGCCCGUGCACGCGCCGCUCUUCGUCAUGUCCGUCGAGGUGAACGGGCAGGUGUUUGAGGGCUCUGGCCCCACGAAGAAGAAGGCCAAGCUGCACGCGGCCGAGAAGGCCUUGCGGUCCUUCGUCCAGUUCCCCAACGCGUCAGAGGCCCACCUGGCCAUGGGGAGGAGCCUGUCCGCCAACACGGACUUCACGUCCGACCAGGCCGACUUCCCCGACACACUCUUCAAUGGCUUCGAGACGCCGGACAGGUCGGAAGUGCCAUUUUACAUGGGCUCCAACGGGGGCGACGACUCCUUCAGCUCCAGCGGGGACCUCAGCUUGUCAGCGUCCCCGGUGCCCGCCAGCCUUGCCCAGCCUCCCCUCCCGGUGCCCCCACCGUUCCCGCCGCCCAGCGGGAAGAACCCUGUGAUGAUCUUGAAUGAGCUGCGCCCAGGUCUGAAGUACGACUUCCUCUCAGAGAGCGGGGAGAGCCACGCCAAGAACUUUGUCAUGUCUGUGGUCGUGGACGGGCAGUUCUUCGAAGGCUCGGGGAGGAACAAGAAGCUGGCCAAAGCCCGGGCCGCGCAGUCUGCCCUGGCCACCGUUUUUAAUUUGCACUUGGACCAAACGCCGUCUCGCCAGCCUAUCCCCAGCGAGGGCCUCCAGUUGCACUUACCCCAGGUGUUAGCCGAUGCCGUGGCCCGCCUGGUUCUGGAUAAGUUCGGUGAUCUGACGGAGAACUUCUCCUCCCCCCACGCACGCAGGAAGGUUCUUGCUGGAAUCGUCAUGACAACAGGCACAGAUGUUAAAGACGCCAAGGUGAUAUGUGUUUCCACAGGAACGAAAUGCAUUAACGGCGAGUACAUGAGUGACCGUGGCCUUGCUUUGAAUGACUGCCACGCAGAGAUCAUAUCUCGGAGGUCCUUGCUUAGAUUCCUUUAUACACAGCUUGAGCUUUACCUAAAUAACAAAGAUGAUCAAAAAAAGUCCAUCUUCCAGAAGUCCGAGCGGGGAGGUUUGAGGCUGAAGGACACUGUCCAGUUCCAUCUGUACAUCAGCACCUCUCCCUGUGGGGACGCCAGAAUUUUCUCACCCCACGAACCGAUACUGGAAGAACCAGCAGACAGACAUCCAAAUCGCAAAGCCCGGGGACAGCUGCGGACGAAGAUAGAAUCCGGAGAGGGGACGAUCCCGGUGCGCUCGAACGCCAGCAUCCAGACGUGGGACGGGGUGCUGCAGGGGGAGAGGCUGCUCACCAUGUCCUGCAGCGACAAGAUGGCACGGUGGAACGUGGUGGGCAUCCAGGGCUCCCUGCUCAGCAUCUUCGUGGAGCCGAUUUACUUCUCGAGCAUCAUCUUGGGCAGCCUCUACCACGGGGACCACCUCUCCAGAGCCAUGUACCAGCGGAUCUCCAACAUAGAGGACCUGCCCCCUCUGUACACCCUCAACAAGCCUCUGCUCAGCGGCAUCAGCAACGCGGAAGCACGGCAGCCGGGGAAGGCACCCAACUUCAGCGUCAACUGGACGGUGGGCGACUCGGCCAUUGAGGUCAUCAAUGCCACGACGGGCAAGGACGAGCUGGGCCGAGCGUCGCGCCUGUGUUCCCUCCAGCUUGCUGCGCUCCAAGAUCAGCAAACCGAACAUGUACCACGAGUCCAAACUGGUGGCGAAGGAGUACCAGGCGGCCAAGGCCUGCCUGUUCCGGGCGUUCGUCAAGGCGGGGCUGGGCGCCUGGGUGGAGAAGCCCACAGAGCAGGACCAGUUCUCUCUCACACCCUGACUCGGCGGGGACCUGGAGGUGCCUGGUGUCCAGCACUGUCCCGAAACCUCCCCACUGAGCUGGGGACAGCACGCAGCUGGGCGGGGGUCCGGCGCCGCCCCCGGCACAGCUCCCCGUUCCGUGACCCAGUGACUGCUCUCCAUCUCAGUUUACGAUAGAAGUUGAGUUCUACUGAGUAGGGCUUCCUUAAGCUUAGGAAAUAGCAAUCACUUCGUGUGAAAUUCUUGAAUAAAUAAUUUAUUCAGAGCUAGGAACAUGAUUUAUAAACUAAGAAGUAAUUAUGCCAGGCUUGUCUAUGCCACAUUAUUCUAGUUGCAAAAAAGCAUUUAGCUAAGGAGGAAGAGAGAGGUAGAGGUAGGAAGUAGUAAGCUAGGGAAAGUCCCCCGCCCAGACUUCCACACCCCGCUCCCUGGGCGGGUGCUGGGCCUGCCCCGAGAAGGCCCACGGCUCAGCCGGUCCCGUAGCCUCAGCUGCUCCAAAGCUUCUGUGCUCCUUGUAGGAUCAUAUCACAGGAAACUUUUCUUAGUUUACUUCUAAAUAAAUGGGGCCAUUCAUUUGGGGUUUAAAACAGUAUUUAACUCCCAGGGACGAGCAGGAGUGCUGGUUACCUAGUUAACCAGCAGGGUUACCGAACAACAGCCAGCCUGAGCUCGCACCCUCCUCUGAGUCCGAGGGACGUAAACGAGCACCCAGAGGUCUUCGUGGGACGGAAAGAGAAUUAAAUGCGUAGAUACUCAUUUUGGAAAACCCCACUGAGGGCAUAUUGUAAAAUUAUUCUUUCCAGCUUGACCAAUGGCGUGUUACGAGGAAGUGUGCAGGCCGAGAGCUACGCAGUGGGCCGCGGGCGUGGACAGGGUGUGGUGGCGUCAUGGCAGGGACGGGGUGCUGCUGGCAUCUGGGGGCACCCAGGGUUCUGCCCAGCACCCUACAGCACACAGGAUGGCCCCGGGCAGGUGGGCCAGGGGUUGGGGCAGGUCGAAGCCCCGGUGCCUGCAGCCUGAGCUCAGACCCAUACCAGCUACCCGACGCUGCCCGACUCUCUGCUCAGGGUCGGCGUGGAGCGGGUGGAGGAAGUGCUUCCCCCUGGCGGCUGAUUCGUGGUUCUGCAGGGGUCCUGUGGGUGCCACGGGUAGAAACAGGGCAUGGCCCACCCCACAGCAAAGUCCAGGGUGUCGACAGCUGUGUGGCAUCAGCUUUGUACUCAGUGUCCGGUGACCUUAGGCCCAGAAAGUGCAGGCUAGGAGCAGAGCAUGGAGCCCUGCAGGGGUCACAUCCCUCGGGGUGCGUCCUGGGGGGCGGGCCGCACAUCGUCAGGACGAGUGUCACCCACACCAGCAUUCCCCCUUGUGUAGAGGGGUCGCUCAUCCUGAGCCCGUCGGAGGGUGGGCCCAGGCCCCGUCACGGGUCUGGUCUGGUGGCCAUGCGCUGGCGUUUUUAUCCAGCCCCGCCCCGAGCAGGCUUCCCACACGCUGAAGAACGUCAUGGGAGGCCCUGUGAUUUUAUUCUUCUGUCUAUAAAUGGUAUUUUUUCUAAUGGGGAUUGGGAGAUGGACUUAGUUUUUAAAAAAGAUGUGGAUUUUGAUGACAAAGCCCAAGGGAAAUACAUUCCAUAGACAAGUCCUGUCCCUUGUGUCUGGCUUUCCCUCUGUCGGAUGCUGGUUGAAGUCAGCGUGAGUCUCCCUCCCGCCUUACCGUGAGCUGUGCCCUGGUCCCCGAGCUGCCCUCUCCUGGGCUGGGUUUGUGUGACUGACCUGGGCAGGCCGGGUGCAGGGCUCGGCCCCAAGGGCACCCAGGUCUGGACUGAGGUUGCCGGGGAGGAAGGCAGGAGGUCAGAAGGUCAGGAGGCCUGCCCAGCCCCUGCUCCUGGGACCAGGCAGCCCCUAGGACAGGACAGCUGGAGCCACCCCUCUGUGAGCAGGGAAGGGGGGAAGGUUUUUUAGCUCCUGCAGGAGACAAAGCACUUUAAACUGUCCCGUCGGAGCUCACUGUGCAUCAGACACACGGCCGUUCCUUGGGGCAUUCAUUUGCAUCCAGUGUCCUCAGUCUGGACUUCAGAGACUUCACAGAGAAGUUGACACAACCAAGGACUGUUUUGUUUUGUUUGUUUUUUUUGAGAAAAAUGUUAAGUUUUGAGGACUUCUGACCAGUGGGGGUUGGGAGGGUUUUGUUCUGUUUAGUUAGCUAAACUGAGUAUCGUCCCACAAGAACACUGGUCAUUGUCCAGGCCACCAGGCAGCUGGCCUGCGGUGGGAGGGCCGAGGGGAAGGGAAGCCCCGGGGGCGACGCCCUGCCCUGGGCCAGGCUCCCGCUGGGCCGAGGUGGGGGACGCGUCCUCGCCACUGGCUCAGCCCCCACCUGCUCAGGGUCAGCUCUCACCUCCUCAGGCAGGGGCACCAAAGAACUGCAGUUCUGAUUCUGGGUGUGAAUUUAACUUCAUCAUCUUUUCCUGUUUCGGAGGUUUUUAUUGUAAUCAAAAGCAGUUGUUUUAAAAUGUCCGAGCCAACAUCUCAGAAGGUAUUGAUUUCUCUGGGAUUUAUUUGUAUUCAAGUCAUUUCCUUGGUCUCCCGACUCUAAUCCCUGUGGAGACGUGCUCUGUGCAGUGAGCUCUGGUGGCGGGGAGCCACACGCUCGUCCCCUCCGCAGGUCUGAGAACGACGGGCGGCGGCCAAGCGAGGUGCGCACCCCUCUCCUCACAGAAAACAGAAACUACAACCAGGUGGAUCUCUUCAUUUCUGAAACACCUACGCCAACACACAAGGUCUGCCCCAGCCGUGAAUUUGAUCCAACAUGAGAAACAGAAUUAGCUGGUUUCCCAUCUCUAAAUUCUACGAAAUCUCAGAGGGUUUCUCUUCACCGCCCCAACUGUGUAAACGGGAAGGCAGAGUCCUUGUGAUCGUGUGCGUCCAGUUUUGUGUGUCCUUGUCCCUGGUGCGUCCUGUGACCACCUCUCCUGCCCGCAGCACACAGUAUGUCCACACAGCGGGCUGGUGGGAGGGGACAGGGUCUGACCUGGUCGAGACUCGGUGUCCCGUUCUGGCAGCGUUGGUGACUUCCCCGUUCACUGUCUGGAGGGACGAGCUUCCAGCCCGAGAACACCUGUUCGGGCUCCAGCGGGGUCUGAUGGUGCCCAAGGAGCUGAGGGUGUCCUGGAUGUGACCACGAACAGCUAAAGGCACAAUCUGUGGGAUGUUGGUGGAGUGAGCCCUGAAAAGUCUUGGCUUCUCCAGACUUUAGGUUGUAUGCUUUUAAUUUGACUGCAGAAUUUGGACACUUUAUAUGAAUGUAAUUCAGCCAAGAAAGAUACACUCGUCAGUGUUCUCAUAUGUAUAUCGAUGUAUAUACCACACGUUACCACCCGCAUGAGCUCCUCGCACACCAAGACCUGUGGGACCGAGCAUGAGACGCUGUCACGUAGACAAAGGAUUUGCAAUGUCCUCAAUAAAACAAAGCGUUUCACUACC